AUGAGUCAGCAGUUCGUUAUAUUUCGUGGAAAAACAGGCAAAUGCUUCGUUUUAGACGCUUUUUGUCCACAUUUGGGCGCUCAUUUAGGAACUGAUGGUAAAGUUCACGAGGAUUGCAUCGAAUGUCCUUUCCACGGAUGGCGAUUUGCUGGAAAGGAUGGUUCUUGCGUGAAAAUACCUUACUCCAAAAAAAUUCCAGAAGUGGCUAAAAUAAAAAGUUGGGAAACCAUCGAGCAAAACGGAUAUAUUUACCUGUGGCAUCAUGCAGAAGGCCAACCUCCUCUGUGGAAGCCUCCAGUUAUACCAGAAAUAGAGAACCAACUAAUGCUAUAUAAAGGUCGUAGUGAACACAUUGUAAAUUGCCAUAUUCAGGACAUGAUGAAAAAUGCAGCAGAUUUCGGUCAUUUCAGCUGCCUUCACAAAUUUGGCAUGUCAUCAAAAAUUACUCUUCAUCCAGAAAAUUGGUGGAGAUUUUUUCAAUUAAUAAUGAAAAUGUCCUGCUCUCCAGUAUGUGAUGAAACUUUUCCUUGUGACAAAUAUGAAGGCAUUGUCAUUUUUAAAUUGUUCGGAAUAUCUUUACUACAGUCAUCAUUUGAAGUUCAACAGAUUGGCCCAGCAAUGGGGUAUGUUCAUACCAAAGGUUUAUUGCAAAAUGGAAUGAUUGUAUAUAACGUUAUACCGGAAGGACCAUUUCGACAGAGAUUCAUUCGACAUUAUUACUCGUUUUCUCGAUUUGCAGCCAUAUUUGAUUAUAUUUUGUUUUUUGCAGAAUAUUGUAUGGUGGAGCGGGACAUUCGCAUAUGGAAUUACAAAAUGUAUCAGAAGAAUCCAGUUUACACGUCAGAAGACAGAACAAUUGUGAAAUUCAGAAAAUGGUACUCUCAGUUUUACAGCGAAAACAGCCCGAGGGUCGAAGAACAAUAUCUUACUUGGUGAUUGGAAGUAAUUUUAUACUUUAUAGAUCUUUUGAGCGAUAUUACAUAUAUUAGUUAAAUUCCAACUUUUUAUAAUCAUAAUUAAUUUUGCGGUUUAUAUUAUAACCUUAAAAAUUGGUGC